AUGACUAGUGUGGAAGAGAAUGUGAACUGCACUUGUGAUUGUGGUGGCAGCAGUAGUAAGUGUGUGUUUGUGACGGCCGAUGAUAUUAUAAACCAGACCUUUGAAACAUCGGAUGUAGCUUAUAACUUGUAUGUACGUUAUGCGAGGUGUGUCGGGUUUGGAGUUUGCAAGGGUGAUAUAGCACAAGGAAAAUAUGGAACACAUCAUAGAAGGCGGUUUUUUUGCAACAAGGAAGGAAAGAGAGCCCGGAAAAAUAUAUCUAAUUCGAGUAGGAAGAGGGAGAAUAUAGUGCUGACUUGCACUUGUUGUGAAGCCAUGCUUGUGGUGUAUUUUGACACUAAAACUUUGACUUGGAGGCGAGGUUCAGAAAAUCGGACCAGUAAUCAAACCGCUCUAGUCACUGGUUCACUGGUUUACUGGUCUAACCGGUCUAACCAGUGGUUCAACCAGAAAAACCUAUCAGAAUCAGCAGAGAUGCUAUACACCUGCAAGCAUGUAGUCCAUGGCUUCUCAACAAGGCUGACUAACCAAGAAGCAGAGGCGCUCUCGAAGCAACCAGGAAUCCUUUCGCUCAUACCGGAGCGCAACUACGAGCUUCACACAACAAUAACACCAUACUUCCUUGGAUUGGAUCUAACUUUUGCUAGUUUGGAUAGAUUUAGCACCCAUUUACCUGCCUCUGUGGCAGAGAGUGAGUUAAUUAUUGGAGUAGUAGACAGCGGUAUAUGGCCUACAACACAAUGA